UGAAACAGUUGAGAGCUUACUGUGCUAUUAACUGGCAUUAUUUAGUUGCUUCACUCUGGGGAAAAGACUUGUCAAGACUGCUCCUCAUCAGGUAAGACUCUUUUUUCACACUUUAACAGACUUUUAUCUACUAAUUUGUCUCUUUAAAAGUGUCAGUUUUUCCGUUGGUAGGUUGACUUCACAUGUCUUUUUGCUGAGAAGUAACUUUGCUGUUUUAAAGAUCAUUAUGUUGAUUAUCUCAGUUGUGUUCUUGUUUGAGCCCUCCGGUCAUAACCGUUUCAUAACUCAGGCAGAAUCUAUGUGUUUGUACUUGUAGAGACCAUGAGUGACACACACAGAAUCACUGUAAUAAGAAGUAAAAAGAGCAUUUCCACUGAAGUUAAGUGUAGCAUUGAUGAAAUAUUGCUGUACACUGUGACGAUGCAGAAGCUGGUGAUUCACUGCUGAUCACACAGAGCAAGAAUGAAAAGGACUCAUGGAAAAGGGUGACAUAGACUGGAGAAAAUGAGACGCUCUCCUCUCCGUUUUUGGUUUACUUUAACCGGGAAGGUCCUUUUUAGAAGAACUAAGUUUGUUGGUAAAUGUUUUAGAAGAACAAAAUGCUGAUGAGUGAUGUUUAGCCUCUGAGAAAAGGGAAGUUAAGGGGGAAAGAGAGAGAAUGUGAUCUGGUUGUGUACAAAGGGCCAUGAUCCAGCAAGAAUCUUCUCUUCCCCUUUUUGAUGUGACCUAAAAAGCAUCUAUAAAAGUGAAAUUUUACAGAAACUAGAGGCUAAGUUCAGAAAUAUAAAAACAACAUCAUCUGACGGGCUUUGACUAAUUGACAGUCAUGCACCAACAUAAACUAUCCGUUCUCUCUUUUGCAGUGUUUUCUGCAGAGAACAGGCUGAGAUACUACACAGAGGCAUUAGCUUCUGUCACAGCUUGAUCAGGAAGAAAGAAACCAAAACAAAGUGGUCUUUUCAUUGACAUCUUCAUGUCUCUAUGUUGAGGUUUGGCCACAGUGAGACAGUCAAAGCUUGAAAGGGCUAGACUCCCUGAUGUAUUUUUAAAAUGUUUAUACUAUAAGUGCACCAGUAAACCGAAGCGUCAUGACUCAAACCACCUGUAGUUCUCAGUUCUACAGAUCGUAGUUCGCCCUAUUUUUAGGGGAGCUGAGUUGUUGCCGGAGCUAUUUUUGCAUCUCGUGCAAUCUGCAGCGUGACUAGUGCAGCAGGCAGCACAUGCCAACUGGUUUUCUACUUGUCUGCCGAUCAGCAGACGGUGACCAGUUUGAAGAGAUGUGUUACAGUAAGAUGAACGUGCCCUCUUUUUAUUUUUUUAUUUUUGCUCUUUGUGUGCCUGGAGGAAGUUGGCAUGGCCCUCAGAGGGGGGUGUUGUGACACUAAGAGUGCAAGAGUGUGUAGGGAGAGGAAGGAGGGAGCCAUGCUUUGGUGCAGCAGUGUCUCGGAGGCCUUUAUUAUGACUGGACUUUGUCAUGGGAAGGAGAGCAUAACCGCUUGCAUGAACAUAAACAAUGCUGUGAUUCUGCCAGAGAGGUAAAGGGAACAGGGCAGCGGAUUGAAUCAAGUUAUGGUGAUUUUAUUUUAUAUUCUUCCCCUUUUUUCCAGAAUUUCACCCAGUUGGAGCGACAAUGACUUCCCAUGUGAAACUCCGCAAAGAGAGGGUUGGUGUUGUGGACUACGAUACACAAAUCAAAGGUCAGUAAUUUACUUUCAUCAACAUGCUUUUUUUCCAAACUCUUGACUUGAUUAAACCCUUCUCUCUUUCUUUUCUCUGUGACCAGCAUGUACGGUUUGGCGGAAACUCAACUCUUAAGAACUGUGUGUCACCAGCCACAGGUCUCUUGCAAUGAGUCAUAUUCACCCCUGUGUUUCUUUCUCUGUCAUUCAGAGGUGCGAUGCCAGCUUGUGGACCAGCUGAAGGUGUUAGACCUGCAACUUGAGCAGAAAAGCCAGCAGCUACAAGACCUGAGUGACUAUUUGCGACGUCGUAGUGAGAUUGAAAGCGAGUACGCACGCUCCUUGGAAAAACUCGCUGAGAGGUUCACUUCCCGGACUAAGAGGUAGAGGUCAAUCCUGUCUUCAACAGCACAUACAUUGUACUAAAAUCAAGCUGUUCUCUUUUAGGACAGAGUUUUGAAACAUCCCUAAAGUUAAACUCUUUUCCCUCUGUGUCCUCCUCCUCUUCUUUUUCUUCACACUUGCUCAGGAAGGACCCCAGCAGUCACUCAGUGGCCCAAGUCUGGCUGGCCCUUCUGUCCCAGACCCGCCAAGAAAGUAAGGACCACAACAGACUGAGUGAAAGCUGCAGCAACUACCUCCUUCAGCCCCUCACACACUGCCUGGAGUACACACAGCGGCUUGCCAAAAAGGUAUUGAUAAGAGCGCCAUCUUCAUAAAAAAUAAGGCUUUCAUGGUGCCAUUCAGCAGCUAUUAUGCCAUUCUGUUUCCUUUUUCUCUUCUGAAUUUCUCUUGAACUCUUGACACAUGAUUUAAGUCUCUGCGGCUCACUUGUGUUCCUUCCGUGUUGUGCCAUUUCACUUUGUGGUAUUUUGUCUUUGCACAUCGAGAGUAAAGACGUCUGCACUCAGCUACAAGAUGGUCUGCUCAAGGUUACCACAGAGCUGCAGACUGUAAGUGAGAAACAAAGCGCCCAAGACGUAUGUUUUCUUCACACAAAGAAAGUCAUACCCACAAGUGUGUGCAUGUGUGUGUAUGUGUGUGUGUGUUUGUAUGCAGGCAUGGCGAACAUACUACCAGUACCAUUCGGACUAUGUGCUAGCAGAUGGGAAGCUGAAGGAGGCCGAGAAACAGGAAGAAAAGCAGAAGCAGAGUGCUGCAAAGAAACUGGAGAGAUUGAUAGAAAAAGUAAAGGAGAAAUACUCCAUUUGUUAUGAUACAUAGGUCUUUAUUUCUCCAUUUGACCCCUAAUUGUAAUUGAUUCUGUGCUACAGAGACAAGGGAAGGCCAAGGAGAUCUACCUGAAGUGCAGCAAGGCCCGAAACGAGUAUCUCCUAAACCUGGCUGCAGCCAACGCCUCCAUGAACAAAUACUAUCUCCAGGAUAUCUCUACACUUAUAGAUGUGAGUGCAUCAGAUCACAUUUAUGUGUCUGAGUUCAAUGUUCUAGUGCAAGUCAGAGUCACAAUUUGGUGAUUCAGUGCACUAUAAGUUUUUCUUGUUGUAUUUCUAAGUCCUGACUUUUCCAGCCAUGCUCCAUUUACUUCAUUCACACAGUCUAGAUUUCCUUCUGUCAUCAAACUCCGGAUUGGAAACUAUCUUUAGUUGUUGUCUUUAGUUUUCUCACCAGAUUAAGAAUUCACUCAACAGUAUAAUUAAUGAAGAAUAAACUUAACCCUCCUCCUGUGUUAGGGUCUGCACCGACUCGUUUUUGUUUUCAAAUGCUUAAAAGAACCACAUAAAUUAGCUUUGACUUUGUCAGGAACCUCUAUUUUAAUGAAAUAAAAAAAAUUGAAUUGACUCAAUUAUAAAAUGCUUUUAUUAAGAUUAUGGCACUUGUCGUGUUAGGGUCGCUGUUGACCCAGUCACAGUCACACACAAAUCAAUAAUAAGAGCAAAGACUGAAAUCAUAAGUGCACUGUCAGGCACCACGCUGACAGUCAGAUCCUCUCCCAAUCAUAUGAGAUUUAGGAUAUUCUCAUUUUACCAUGUUUUUCCCUGCACAAAAAAAACAAUAUUGGGCAUGUCCAGACAUGUGUAAUCAGUUCAGUAUAGAUGUCUGUGUGAGGGGUAUACUGACAAAGAACAACAAAAAAUAUUGUACACAUUACAACAUUUCAUGGAUAAUGAAGCCUUACAAGGUAACCUAGAGAUGAGAACCAAAUUGGAUGAUAGAGAAAUGUUUUAAGUGUAAUUUGCAGCUGAUUUAAGACACGGGUCAAAACCGACCUGUUAACAUAGUGGGUGCGUAGUGAAAGCUAACACAGGAGGAAGGUUAAACGUCUUUCCCCCAGUCCAAAUCUGACCUAUAAAACCAACAGUAAAAAAAAGGUCUCCUGGUCCAAAGAUUGUAACUUCUUGUUCUCCUUUGUCUCAAAACCAAAUCAAGGCGUAUAAAAAAGAAUAUUUUGGUGUUUUGGUCUGAGUUCCGAGAAAGAAAGGCUGUCAAAGGUUCAUAAAGCAAAAGUGUGAUAAACCGCAGUGCCGAUUGACACAGUGUACAGAGUAUGCGAGCUCUGAAAGGAGGAGUGCAUGUAUUAGAUAUCAGCAUAGUGCAACACAGAUAUAAGUGUGGUAGCAACCAGUCUCUUUUUAGACUGGAAAGAAAAGCAGGAUUUGAUUCCUCAGCUGAGGGCAGAUUCAGUGGUUUAGACUUCGUAACUGAUAACAGUAGGGCUUUUGUUCUGUCUGCAUUUCAAAGUUUUAAAUCACACAAAUCUGAACAGUGUUUAAAGCUCCCACUGUUGGAGAGCUUUGUCUGGAGUGGUUGUCACGAAAUGCAUUACAGUGUUAGCAUAGAAAUGAAAAUUUGCAUUUGGAACAUAAUUAUAUGCAAGAAAACACUCGGCAAGAGCAAAAGAAGUAGAGAGCAGUGUACAGCCUGGCUCCCAGUAGUGAUAUUCAACAUUUAUUUCACUUUGAUUUAUCUUUAAACGCUUAUCUGCAUCCAAGUGUAGUAAAUUUACUUUUCAUGUUGAAUAGGGCCAAUCAAGUUCAUGGAAAUGAAGCCUGAUCUGGUAUCAAAGUUGUUGAUUUCAAGUCAGGAUGAUCUGAAUAAAAUCAGUGAAUCUGUCUCCCUCAGUGUGCAGAUGCAGGGUACCACCUGUCUUUGAACCGGGUUAUGCAGGCCUACCUUUCAAGUCGCUGGCGGGCUCAGCAAAACCUUGGCACAGGCCUGCAGCAGCUUCAAGGUACUGUGUCUGGUUUAGACCAGAGCCACGACAGAGAUGCCCUCCUGCAGGACCAUUAUAACACCUUCUCCAUGCCGCUCCGCUUCCCUUAUCAGCCCCAUGAUGGAGACCAGGUAAGGAUUGUGUGUCUAUUCCAGCAGAUUAUUCAACUGUUUGUGAUUAAUAUUGAAAUUUCUGUGUCUCAGAUUUCUGAAGUCAGUGCAGAGGGGGAGAUGAGGUGUGAGCUGGAGACCAGAUACAAGCAGAUUCAAACCAGACUAAAAGCAGUCACCCAGGAAGCAGAGGAGGUAAAGUACACUGACAACAUUUUAACACCUCUGUGUUUGUUUACUGUACCAAGGGUUGUUAUUUAACACCUUUUUGAUUAAAGGGUUUAGGUUAGUGUCAGUGUUAGUGUCAGUUUUACUGUUAGUGUCAUUUUCUUGUUUUGAAUUGAAAGCUAAAGGCCUUUUUUCUGAAUACUUCAAUGUUAAUAGGAUUAAAAUCUGGUCAGGGUGCAUUUAGGAAAUCUAAUUACAGGAAUGUGUCUGAAUAGUUUAAGGACAUCCAUAUUACUGUCUUUGAAUGUAUUUGAUUUGCAUUUCUGUCUUUUUAAAGUAGGCACUCUUAUGCAUCACAUUUGUUUACAUUGAACAACCAUCCGCUUCUUUUGAUAACUGUUAACUGAUUUUGUUAACUAAAGCAUAAUAUUCAGUAGUUUUCUCUGCCUCCGUCACAAAGGCCAAUAAGAACAUGAGGGCAACCCAGUCUUCUCUGCUGGAGAACAUCAGUGAUGAUGACCUGGACCCUGGCAGCGGUUUGUCUCAGGAGGGCAGCACUGAGAACCUGACAAUCAAGCCCAGUGUGGCCCGCCGCAGGGCCAACCAGCAGGAAAUAGAAAACCUCUACUUCACUGUGAGUCCUCUUUUUGAGGUCAUGGGCAAUGACCUUUAAAGAAUGUCUGAGCCCAGUGACAGACACAUGUGGUUUUAUGAUAUACCCGUGGUUGAAAAUGGUUGUUCCAUGACACAGCAACUGAUAGAGCGCAAACAAUGCAUGCUGUACAUCACAUUUCAUUUGUUUUCUAGAGAGUCAAAGAGUAUCUUGUAAGCAGCUCCCUGGAAUCGAAACUUCAAGCAAAACAUGAUCAGCUGAAGGUGGCUGUGGAAAAAGGUAUCACUUCUGCAUUUCUCACAGAAUACUGCCAAAAAGGCUGCUGACCCAAAGAGACACAGGAAACACUGCAUUUCUGUCAGUUUUGUUUGUUAAAGGAGGGAUUUUCUGUUUUUGUUCCCUCAUAGCUGAAGCAUCAAAUGGACAUCAGCCAAGGUACAGAUGAAGAUCUAUAAAUAAACAUCAAAAUGUUACUGUGCUCCUAUAGCAGCUCUUGAUUCUUGAUUUAAAGGACUAACUAUGUUAAAGAAACUUUGUAAAAAUUUGACUGUUGUUUCAAAGUAGAGUUGACUGUGUGUCCUGACCACACUGUAUGUAACUCCACAGACCCAACGGGCAGUCUAUACGUGUCAGGAAGAAUCCCUCCAGUGCCAGUUUGAUGCACAAUCACAAACUUUUCAAAGGAGACAUGUUGUCCUUUAUAAAUGUGAGCUAUCAUCACAAUUACACCAUUUAACCACUUUCUCUUUGUAGCAUUUCUCUCACUUGAGGUAGCCUUGCCUUUUUUAAAUUUAUUGUUUACUUUGCAUUAUUUAGGCAUCAGGACAACAGAUUCCAAUAGUUGUGGCAAGCUGUAUUCGCUACAUCAACCUCAACGGUGAGUAAAAGGGCUGCAACAUUAUGUUAAGAUUUCAAGACUUAAAGCCACCGUAUUGAAUGUGAAAAUUUAUGGUUUUAAUUCACAGACUAUAUCACAGAUUUAUUAACCGUAAUCAUGUUGUCUUCAGGGGGAAAAAAAACUUCUGUGUAAAAAGAGGUUAAGGGACAUAAAACUUCAACACACAAUGGUUCUAAGUGUAUUUUUGCCUCCAUAUACGAGCUCUCUGCUCAUUUGUGUGUAGAGAUGCUGUAAUUGUGUCUGUAUAUCAGGUCUCCAUCAUGAGGGCAUAUUUCGAGUUCCAGGGUCCCAGAUGGAGGUCAAUAACCUGAGGGACGCAUUUGAGGGAGGUAAGCCUGUGUUUUUUUUUUUUGUCUUUUAUUUUGUGUGUCUGUGACAUGUUUGAGCAUUAAUAAUGUGUGGUGGUGCAAUGUGGGUUUCCCCUGCAGGAGAGGACCCCCUGGCUGAGCAGAGAUUUGAUCUGGACUCUGUCGCUGGAGUGCUGAAGCUCUACUUCAGAGGUCUGGAAAAGCCUCUCUUCCCCAUCGACAGCACCAGCCAACUCCUGGAGCAUGCUCGUAAGUGUGUGUUCAGUGGGUGCUGACACAUCCUAAGUGCAGCUGAGAGCUCACAACUGUAGCUCAUGGUUCCUUUUGUCACUCUUUGUCAGAAAUCAAGAACGAGGCAGAGAGAGCAGCUCAGCUCAAAACAGUCAUCUCCUCCUACCCGGAGCCUGUGAUCAUUGUCAUGAGAUACCUUUUUGCAUUCCUUCAUCAGUGAGUAUCUAUCUGAAGUCACUGGUGUCAACAUGUUUCAGGAAAUAAUGUCUCUGAAAAAUAUGGAACAAACAUUUAGAGUAAAGAGGAAGUUAAUUUGGUAAUUUUGUGCGGUUAAAGCGGGAAAUAUUCUAAAUAGAUAGCUGAUAUCCUACUAGGUCUGACAGAGAUGUCAUAUUUUUAUUGUAGUGUUACAUUUAAGAGGAAAAUGCACCGAAUUAUAUCCAAGGUGAGCUGAGAAUGUGUUUGAGACAGUUGAACUUAAGAUGUAAAAAACUAGAAAAAAAUGAGAAAAGAGGAAAAAGAGCAUCAUGACAGUUCGAAUUAUUGUGACAAAAUGUAUUUCUCAGACAUUGGUUGAGAUAAAUUAAUGUUAUUUCCUCCCUGCCUUCAGUGUGUCUCAGUACAGUGAUGAAAACAUGAUGCAGCCUUACAACCUGGCUGUGUGUUUUGGCCCCAGCCUGGUUAGAGGGGAACACGAUGAUGAUGUGGUCACCCUGCAGCCGCAGAUCAACGCUCUAGUGAAGGAUAUCAUCUUGCAACAUGAGAGCAUCUUUCCCAGCCAGGCUGAAGUACCAGGACCAUUAUAUGAGAAAUGCAUGACCCAGGAGCAGGAUGACUGGUAAGAAAAAAAGGAUUUCAUGCACCACACAUACUUAUGGCAUGGGUCUGAUAUUGUGGAACGAUCAUCUGAGGGUGUUUUCUGUCACAGUGAGCCUAUCAUUGAGGGAGAUGUAGAAGCGGAAUACAGCCAGAACAAAGAGGGUAAGUUUGUGCUUUUCUGAACUUGUUUUCUUUCUACAGCUGUGAUUUUGUCACUUCACAUUACAUUCAAACCUUUUUUCAACAAUAUUCAGAGUUGGAAACGGGGCCCUCAGCAGACAACAGCUCCAGCUUGUCUUUGGCACCAGCACAGAGAAAAGCAGAGCGUCCCAGAGCAAACAGCAGUGGUGCAAUUGACCAAACCAGAUUUACAGCUGGACCAGCAGGGGGCAGCGUUUCUCCAGGUGGGAAGUUAAUGUUGCAAAUUCCCAUGGGGAAACCACGGCGUUUCCACUCUCCUGGAAAUGUGCGCAGAGAGUGAGUAACACUGAUCAUCAUAACUUCACAACAGACCUUUGUGGUUUAAGUGAGGAAUUAAUGUUUCCUUGUUUUUGCCAAACAGAGUCCAGGAACUGUCAUCUUCUGAGGAAGUCUCCGUUAAAGUAGACAAGGUCUGUUUGUUUCUCAUUUGUUUUACAUACUACAAGGCAUUGUUAAAGAUAGAGUCUAUAAUUGGAACUGAAGGCUUUUGAGAGCUAAUAAGUAAGACCCCUUAUGCUGCUGCAAAGGGUCAUGAGACUAUCACGUAGGCCAUCUGAGCCAUAAAUUUUAGUAAGCCACAAAGGGCCUUUUAUACCAGAUAAUUUAGUUGGGGUAGUAAAUGUUGUUUUGUGAUAAGCAGAUAUUGUCCAGAUGUUCAGCAGCACUCUAGAGGAUAAGUGGUUGAACCAUUUUGGUUAAAAAAAAAAAAAAAAAGAUCUCCCAGGAUACUCAUUUUAAUAAUCAAAAGACAAAAAUUCUUCCAAAAAUAUAUUUUGAUACUGGUCCCAGAAGCUUAACAGUCUAACAAAGUCAGCCUAACAAAGUUACUCCUAACUUUCAAAAACAUGAAAAAGGAAGUGGAGAGAAUGAAGAAAACCUUUACCGUGGUUUAUUUUAUUUUACAGGAUGUUUGUCGCCAGAUGGACUCAGUCUUCAAGGAGCUUCUGUCGCGGCAAGUAGUGCAGGAUCCCUCCUCCACCGCCCCCUCUCCCUCUGCUGAAGCGGCCCAAAAGAAGGGGAGGCGGGAUGUCCGCAGGGGGAGAGGAGCAGGGCUCUUCAAAGCGGCAGAUCAACUGGACUGAGAGCACUGUCAUCACUAGGGGAUAUGAGAAGAGAGAAACAGAUGAGACAAAUGAAAACUAAGGUGUGAGGAGAUGAGCCCUGACGGCUGCUUUCAGCACAUCAACUGAGUUUCUAAAAAAACUCCGACCACUGACACUGAUGGAAACCUCAGUCAGUUGUCCAUAUCCCUUCUCAGGGGCCACUUAACUCAUAUUUUGCCCACCAGGGAUUUCAGCCCUGUGACACACUGUUAAAGUCUGGCUUACUUGAAAUACACCGACCAUGUUUGUGUAAAAUUCAACAUGUGUAUGCAGUUUGUGGCUUUAUUUGAAUCAGUCAAGGUGUUAUUAUUAUACUGGUUUUGGUCAAAUACAUAUUUUCUUAAGUCAGUUAUCGGCACAUGAACAUUUACAGUCAAGAACAUGGAACAUUAACUGUGUUUACAAAAUCCUAAGGGAGUUUAUAAGAAAACUGUGAAGACUGUAGCUGUAAAGAUUUCGUAUGUACAUAUUAUUUGUAACCUGGUUGACACUUUAUGACUUGUCUGUUCAUCUGGACCUUGUGCCAAAUAAAUAUCUUGUGUAUUAUGACUGUCAUUUCAUGUCAAAGCAAGCAUCAUUGUUGGAGCACUGUUUCCUCUUAAUUCCUCUCAUCAAUCUUUUGUUAAGUGUUUGUGCAUUCAAAAUGUCUGACCCAGAUGCAACAAAAUUAGCAGAUAGAUAAUGUAACUGUAAAUGUAUUCAAGCUGAUAAAAUAAAACUUAUAAUUCACAAUUUCAUAUUCUGCA